AUGCCCCGGCCACUGCCCCCGUCGGGGAGCCCUGGGGGGGCCCUGCCUCCAGCGGGGUGCUAUAUUCCCCAAGACCACAUAUAGUUUGCCCACUCUUCCAGACCCCGUGCCCAAUGCUCUGAGACCAGGAGGACCUUUUUUCUCUGCAAUGAAGAUGAAGGCAGUGGGAAAAGCUGAAGAACUUGCUGAUUCAGAAGUUCCACCGAAGGCCUCUGAGAAGCAAGAGACUGCUCCUGAUGAAGACCGACCUAUAGAGCUUGAGACGCAAACCCAGAAGGACAGCAUGCCCACUGCAGCUGACUCUGCAGUGCUCUCUUCCAUGCCUUGCUUGCUGAUGGAACUGCGGCGAGACUCCUCGGAGUCCCAGCUGGCAUCCACGGAGAGCGACAAGCCAGCGGGCGGCCGAGUGUAUGAGAGUGACUCUUCCAAUCACUGCAUGCUCUCCCCUUCUUCCAGCGGGCAUUUGGCUGACUCAGACACGUUGUCUUCCACGGAAGAGAACGAGCCCUGUCAAACUGAAGCUAUUGCAGAGGGAGACCCUUCUGCGGCGUCCAGGGCCGCGGCUGGGAGGAAAUCCAGGAGAUCCAGGUCCGAGAGCGAAACGUCAGCGAUGGCUGCCAAGAAAAACCAACAGUCCAGUGACAAGCAGAACGGUCGAGUUACCAAGGCCAAGGGCCACCGAAGCCAAAAGCACAAGGAGAGGAUCUGGCUCCUGAGGCAGAAGUGGGAGGCGGCUGCUUGCAAGAAGUACAGCGUGCUGCAGGACAGCAGUACCAGCGACAGCGACCUGACCUGCGACUCCAGCACCAGCUCAUCCGACGACGACGAAGAGGUUUCAGGGAGCAGCAAGACAAUCACGGCAGAGAUACCAGAUGGACCCCCCAUUGGGGCUCACUGUGAUAUAUCAGACACAAACUCGGACCCAGAAGUGGUAAAUGUGGACAAUCUCUUGGCAGCUGCAGUAGUUCAAGAGCACAAUAGUUCUCUGGGAAAUCAAGCGUCGGCAUCUGCCUGGAGAACCAGAGGGCUGCUGGAUGAAAUGAGUGCUGAUGCAGGUUAUUUGGAUCCAGGCUUCCUUGCAACCUCUUCUGGUAACGCCCAGGCCAGUGAAGAAAUUAAUAUUGCCUCUUCUGAUAGCGAAGUAGAGAUUGCUGGAGUUCAGGAGCAUGCCAGGUGUGUGCACCCCAGGGGAGGCGUGAUCCAGAGCGUGUCCCCCUGGAAGCGCGGCUCCCAGUUCAUCAGCGCCCAGCAAACGCAGCCAUGGACAGCAGUGGCUCCCCAGCAGAACUGGUCCUCACCCCCAGAAGUCGUGGACCUCACCCUGGAUGAGGACAACAGGCGCAAAUUCCUGCUGUAAUUCCGUGUCACUGUGU